AUGACGAGGCUGGUUUGGAAAGAAGAGGCGGGCGGUUACAUGGGUAGAACACCUACAAGGCUCGUACGAACCGGAAGACUGGAAGCUCGAGCCUCGAAUACGCCAAUACUGUCAAGGCCUUCCAAGCCAAGAUCCGAUGAUCUCGGGUACCGAAUUGGAGCCGCGGGUGAUCGUACCGAAGCCUGGCGUCGCUGCUUUGUCCUCAGCCUCGAGAACUUUGUCAGAGACCUACCGCCCAAUAACCUUGACGCCGUACAAGCAGCUAUCAAGGAGCUUGAGCUUAAGGACAUUGAACUAACAGCCAAGGCCGACGAAGGACGUGUCGACACUUCCAUGUGCAAGUUCCGACGACAUUCGUAA